ACUAACUUUAAAUACAUUAUUAAAACAAUUUAUUAAAAUAACUGAAGCUUUUAUUGUUAUUUGUUUAUUGAAAAGUUAAAAGCACACGGUGUUCUUGCUGCGUUCCUAAUCCUACGGUCGACGAGCCAUCCGUCUGCACAUCGCUUGAGUUUGUGCUGUGUUCGUGGUGUCGCCGCCGUGUAGCAAGUUUCGGAAGCGUUGAAAGCUGUCAUCUCUACGACGAGGGCGGCAAGAACGCGGCGAAUAAACAGCACUUCUCCGGCGAUGUGCACGGCUGGCGGACGGUCCUCUGCAGGAGCUCCUAGCGCUGCGACGUGAUCUCAGCUGAGCCAGGAUUGGAGGGAGCACCAUGUUUGCUGGCCAGGCCAAGUCUGCCUCCAAGGAGCAGUUCCUCGAGCAGGCCAAGGCAGCGCGUAUUGAGCGGGCCCAUGAGCGCCGGAGAGACCAGGCGGCCUCUGCCAUCCAGGCAGUCAUCAGAGGCUUCUUGGUCCGGCAGCGGCUUCGGACCGAGUUUCGGCGAGAAUUUGAUUCCGUCCUCAGGGAUGGCGAUGGGGAAGAGCCCAACGUCCCUGUUGCCACAUCAGCCCUGGAUGUCUUCCGUGCUUCCCGAAAGUUCCUUUUUACAUUCCAACCCAAAGUCGACAAGGAGAGGUUUGAAAGGUUAUGCCGGUACAUCAUUGCCAGCAUGGAUGCAGACACAUUACAGGAGAGCUAUGUGGCGGUAGCUUUGAACAAGGAGGAUACGGUGCUGUGGAUCCAGCAACUCAAGGGCAUCCUAGGCAAUUGUUGUGGCUACCUCAAGGAGGUCCGGCCAGAGUGCCCCCAGGAUGCCAAAUCACUGAUGCUGCACCUGCACGUCCUUGUCACCUUCACAAGUACGUCAUCGUGGAAGGUGCUCAAGGACAAGACAUGCGAGCCCCUGCGGCCAGUGCUGAGCCAGCUGUGCGCCAGCGUGGGCUCCCACCUGGUGGGCAAGGGCAGCCUGUAUGGAGCCCUGCAGGCCCUGCUGCUCAGAGGCCUGGCCAGGGCCAAGCCGAGCCUCAAGAGGGCGCCACUCGUGGCGACCAUCAACUUGGCACUCAGGCCUCUACUAACUGGACAGUUUUCAGAAGACCUGAUGAACCUGUUCCUGUUGCACAUCCUCUCGGUGCCUGCACUCAUACACCACCUGCUGAACAUCGCCCCAGAGGCGGUGACGCUGCUCAAUUCGCACGGCCUGUUCCGCCGGAGCCUGGACAUCCUGGUGGUGGAGCAGAACAUGCGCAUCCUCUUCAAUGCCCUCGAGGGGAACUACGCCCUGUGCCUGCUCGCUAACCUCGUGCACCUCGCCUACCUUAACAUUGAGAACCUGAAUUCAAGGCUGCUUGACUUCGUGCAUGUGUCCACCAAGCUGCUGGAGAGCUGCCAGAAGUACGUGGUGAACAAGCGCUCCAACCUGACCCACUGGCAUCCCAUCCUUGGCUGGUUUGCUCAGAGUAUCGACCACGGCCUGCACGAGUCCCUGACCUUUGUGAAGCAGCAGCUGCAGCUGCUUUGGUGCGGGCCACUGGUCAAGGUCCUGUUCAGCCCGCUGGCAGAAAUGCUGGCACAGAACGACAAUUCCUCCUCGGGCGCAGUACCAACGUCCCAGAGUCCGCAGCCAGACGCGCCCUCCAAUGUCCCCAACUCUCCCGCCAGUGCCAGUGCCUCAAGCCUGCUGAAGAAGGCCCUUGAGCGUGCAUCGUCGGCUCGGACGUGCAGCGUGCAGUACCGACGUCUCGGAAGCCCGGAGGUUACUGCAGUGGCCCUGACCUGCGCCCUCUUUGAGACUGCCCUCGCUGGACUCACCCAACUGCGCCUGGACAUACUGACCGGGCUGUGCCACCACGAAUGGGUGCUGUGCCAGCUGUGGCAGCUGAUCCGCAGCGUGGGACCUGCCAGCGGGGUGCGUGCUUUCCUCGACCUGCUGGCCUUCACCACCAAGCCCAGUGGGCCGGAGUUCCGGUUGCUGGUGCUCUUCUGCGACUGUGCCACUCACCUGGUCACAAUCCUGGAUGAUUUGGAGCUGUACGAGCAGCAGCGACCGUUCACCCUGGACGACCUGGUGACCAUCUCGGCCUUCCUCAACACGUUUGUCUUCCGCCUCGUCUGGAACGGACUCAUUGACUUGAAAACGGCGAGCACGAACCAGCUGUUCUGCUCGUGUCACACGCUGCUGAUGCUGCUGUACAAGCGCGACUGCCGGCGCAGUUAUACUCCACCAGACCACUGGCUCAUCAAGGAUGUGAAGGUGAGCACGUUCAUGGGUGACCUGGAGAAGGGCAAGAAGGCAGCACAGGUCCUGCUGCAAAAGGUGCCUCACAUCAUCCCACACAAAGAGAGGGUGGUCCUGUUCCGCAAGUAUGUGACCAACGAGAAGGCGGUGUUGGGCCUCACCGAGUCCGCCUGUGCGCUGUCGCAGUCCACGCUCAUCACCGUGCACAGGACACGUAUCGUCGAGGAUGGCUAUCAACAGCUGGCUUUGCUGCCUCCACAAGGCCUCAAGGGUGUCAUCAGGGUGCGCUUCAUCAACGAACAGGGGCUAGAUGAAGCAGGCAUUGAUCAGGACGGUGUGUUCAAGGAGUUUCUGGAGGAGACGAUCAAGAGGGUCUUCGACCCUUCCCUCAAUCUAUUCAGGGCUACCUCUGAGCAGCGGCUCUACCCAUCGCCCACGUCGUACAUCCACGAGAACCACUUGUCUUUAUUCGAAUUUGUGGGCAAGAUGCUCGGAAAAGCUGUGUACGAGGGAAUAGUGGUGGACGUGCCAUUUGCUUCCUUCUUCCUGAGUCAACUGCUUGGCCACCAGCACAGUGCCCUGUACAGCUCCAUUGACGAGUUGCCCUCACUCGACGCAGACCUCUACCGGAGCCUCACUUGCGUCAAGCACUACGAAGGGGACGUGCAGGACCUGGACCUGACCUUCUCUCUCAACGAGGACUGCAUGGGCAAGCUGGUCACCCACGAGCUGGUACCAGGCGGCAAGGCCAUACCAGUCACAAAUGAGAACAAGAUCAGCUACAUGCACCUGAUGGCCCACUUCCGGAUGCACUCCCAGAUCCAGGAGCAGACGGCAGCCUUCCUGCGGGGUUUCAGGGCCCUCGUGAAUCCAGAGUGGCUGACGAUGUUCUCGACGCCCGAGCUGCAGCGGCUCAUAGCGGGUGACAACACUCCCGUCGACCUGCAGGAUCUCAGGAGGCACACCAAGUACUUUGGGGGCUUUCACAACAACCACCGGUUGGUCAACUGGCUCUGGGACAUCCUCGAGCGUGACUUCACCUCGGAGGAACACCACCUCUUUCUUAAGUUUGUGACGAGUUGCUCGAAGCCUCCUCUUCUGGGUUUUGCCCACUUGGAGCCACCAUUUUCCAUUCGUUGCGUUGAGGUCAGCGAUGACCAGGACACAGGAGACACUAUCGGGAGCGUCAUCCGAGGCUUCUUCACCAUACGCAAGAAGGACCCCGUCAACCGACUUCCUACUUCGUCGACCUGCUUCAACCUGCUCAAGCUGCCCAACUAUCAGCGCAAGAGCACGCUUCGAGACAAGCUUCGCUACGCCAUCACGAGCAACACGGGGUUCGAGCUCUCCUGAGGGACCCUCGGACCCCUGCCCAUGUAUCUCCCAUUUUUUUUGUCGCACACUGCAAGGCGUCCGCCAGGUCUGUUUAUUCCGGUUGCUCAAAGGGAGCAGCACACCACACGUCCUGUGAUGUUUGACCAAGUAUGCUCCCUUUUGGGUGUUUGAAGGGAGUGCCAUUAGCCCUCGGCAUGCUGUUACGAAAUCUGCUCUGUUUUGACUCUUCCAAAGGCGCACCAGCAUGACCUGCCCUUUGGUCUGAACGAAGCCAGUUUCGUUUUGGGUGCUAGGAGCGCACAGCUAGUCUUCCUCUUCUGCCGAUCCACCUGGAUGCUUUGGCAGCUUGCUCUAAUUUUGACGAGGCUAACUGCCUUUGAGUGUAGCAGACUCUUGCAUGCUGUUCGGGCUGCUGUUGUGCCUGAAGCCAUUCUUAUUUCGGGCCUUCGAAAACACGAGACAUGCAUUUUAUUGUUAAGCGUGCAUUGAAGUGCGAUAAACAUUUUUCUUUUUUUGUUAAGUGUCUUCCUUUCAUCUUUUUAACCUCAUCGGUGACUGACAGUGGCAGGAAAGGGCAGGCCAAGCAAGUUUUUUUUUUCUUAUUCUCGGCAUGUCUUCCUCAUCUGCUUCUUCAGAAUCUCUUGCAUAUUUUACCUUUCUUUCAAUCUCGCCUGUUUGGUCAUUUGACCAUUGAGUUGAAUGAACCUGACCUUUUACUCGCAUAUUCGUGGAUGCUAUUCAUUUCCUCUUGAUACGUGUAUGUCACAUUUUCUUCUUUCAUAACCCGAGUUGUCAUGGUUGCUAGGGUUGGUGCAGCAGAGGUGCCAUACUCAUCGCAUCAAUUUCGAAGAAGGAAUGGAUUCUCCCAGCCUUCAUUGUUUUACAUAAAGAAAAUGAGUGUAGUCCUUGAUAUUCAAUACUGAGCGAGAUAUCCCUGCGGUUAAGAAGUGUCUAAAGUUGUAGAGUGAACAGGCUUUGUCUGUUGUUUGAAAUGGGUUGUGCAGACGCAGUAGAGUAUGAAUCGCAUUCUUCUCUGGUGGACCAUGUCAGAACCUCUGCGCCCUGGCUUCAUUUUCUCUCGCUCGCAACCAUUGUUAGCCUCCUAUUCAAAGAGCACCUCUAUUGACUUUGACUGCGCCAGUCGUCGCAAAAUAGCAUGACUAUGAAACGAGAAAAGAAAGUGUCAGUUUCUGUGCAUUGACAAGUGCUGUGCUCUGUUGUCAAUUUUAACUGGCCGGAACGAUGUGGAAUCUUGAUUUUAGCCGGACUGGUUUACAGUCGGGAAGAGCACCGGUGCAAUGGCCAGAAAACCAUAUAAUUAAAGCAUGUUGAAAGUCAUACCAGAAUUGUUUGAAGAAGCACAAGCUUUGAUCAUGUGGUUCCACUUCUGUACUUUAGAUGUACCCAGUGUUAUUUUCGUUUUUUUUGGGGGGGGUUGUGUGUGUGUGUGAUCCUGGGCUGUUACAAGUGAGCAAUGUGGUAUUGGUCAUAGCUGAACAAGUGAUUAUUACGCUGCCAGCAAGGGUUUUUCUUUUUUGUUUUGUGUGUGUCAGCAUUAGGAGGGUCAAAGCGGACAAGAGUGCAUGUGAAGUGUAGGAAGCCGGUCACAUGGUUGAGGUAUAUAUAUUGAAGCGGUCUGCUCCAGAAGACUUUCGCAGAAACCUUCGCAUUGCGCUAUUGGUACUGCAUUGCAUGUGUAAAGCGAAGGUUGUGGAUUCGGUCACCACCAGCGACAAGUUGCCUUUUCAUCAACUUUCGUUUCUUUUUUCUUCAUUUUUUUCGGCGUUUCUAUCUCAGCCAAAACUAAUUACUCCUGUGCUUUCCUUGGCUUCACUGCCUGUUGGCUUUAUUAUAUAUAGUGCAGCUGAUGGUGGUCUGCUCUCGCCCAUCGUCACUUGCACUUUGCUCCUUGAAGAGACAGGACGUGUGCCGAGAGGGCACCUGAAGAACACUUUACAAUGUGGUGAAUGCAGUUUAAAUCAUGGAUUCAGGACGUCAAAGAUGUGUGACCUAAUGUUGACUCAUUCAUCUGGCAUUUGCCAUUAAAUAGCUACUGAAUUUUUUUUUGUUUCCUUAUUAACAGAAAUGUGGCCACGUCCUGUGCUUUUAUGUCUUAUUUUUUUAUUUAAAGACCUGUUAGCCGGUAUACUUGUAACAGGUGACGAACAAAACAUAAUGGCCGUGGCGUGUUUCCGGCUCUGGACUCACUUCCGACGUAUGCAGCCCGCGAAAGCAGAGGCUUCGAGAUUAUUUUAUAGUGAUAGCAAUUAUAUGGACACUCCAGGCGAAUUUCGGUCGUUGUUGUCGGCGUUGCAAUCGCCGUGAUGUUCCGUAUAAAGUCCAAGUGCAAUAACACUGCAGCCGUGCUGCGUAUGCUGUGAGUAAGAGUGAAAGCAUGCGAGGGUGAGCCGAGGAUGGUGGCUUGUUCUAGCAUGCGCAAGGGAGGAAGGCAGGGAGGAAGCAAGCCAUCUUCCAUUGUCUGCAAGGCACAAGGUUGGGGCGGCAGGGGGGGGGAUUAAAACAAAAGAAACACUGACAAAAUAGAUGAUAUCAACUGUGUUGCACUGUGGCAGGAAAGAACGAAGGCCUAAGAACUACUUUGUGCAUGGUCUAGUGAAGGCAGCACUGCCUUAAGGGUGAACACGUGUGCCCAUGAUUGACAAGGUUGGCCCUGCCUUUGCUAGAGCAUGCAAAGGCAGUUUUCGUGCUUUUGCUCUUUUCCAUGUGUGAUAUCUCAGUUGAUAGUGUUUGUGUCAUCCUUUCCACCGGUCUUGUGUCCAUGCUCUCUGCACAUUCUUUCCAGAAAUUAAGCUUGUUCCUACUGUGUUAGUACUGGGAAUAGUGCACAACGUGCUCACUCUGUGCUUCGGCUGUAUCGCUGAAGUUCAUGUUAGCGAUCAGAAUGCCCACACUAAUUCUUUCUUUUUUUUUUACACAGACUGUUUUGAAAACUGGCCUAUUUGGCGCAUCCCCAUGUUCUGCAAGGGCAAAUCUGAAAGUAGGCUGUGAUCGUGUAGCACAUUCUGGGCAAGUGUAGUUGGCCAUAGCAGUGACAGUACAGACAGUGAAAACUGUGAUGUCGUAGUGUGUACAUGUUGCAGCCUUGUUUAUUUUAUAUUGCAGAGUUUCGUAGAUCACAGGAGAAAGCGCAACUUUACUAUACAUGCGUCGGUCACAGGCGAUCACGAUCAUGCACAAAGUGGCUUUUUGCAGGCAAAGCAUGUGAGCUGUGGACUUGUUCACAAUGUUUAAAAGGGUCCAGAAGCGCGUUUAGUCAGGCCUGAUGCCUUUAUAUUCCUGAGGCUUUCCCUCUCCUCGUCAUUAGCAUGCGUCGGCAUAGUUCGGCUGCUCCACGAUCACCAUAACUGGCCCUAGUCUGUUGUACUGCUCUGUACUUGAGUCAGCUGACCCACAAAGUUAUGGUACAGCAAUAAUGCUGCACUCGAGCAUGAUUUUACAAGCACAGCAAGCGUCAACAUAGUCGAACGAGUCACGCAGUCACUUGUCUUCUUUAUUAUCUUCUUAUGCCAGCACUCUGAUGUCCCCAUAGAAGGAAACCAGCCUGUGCUGGUUUCCUUAGCAAUGCAAUAGAAGUAACUUGGUACAGCAGAAGUGACAAAAAUGGGGCAGAAGCUUGAAAUGCAGGAAAUAGUGGACAAGCCUUGCUCCAUGGCCCCUUCAAGGAUGUGGGUGCCUAACUGUUCAUUGUCACAUGAGUCGUAGCAAUGCUUGGUCAUCAGUGUGUGAAGGAAAAGAUUUGUAGGCCUACAUGCGUGGCGUAUCACAUCCUCGCUGUUUUCCAGUGUUUUUUUAUGCCAACGGUAGAAGUUCUGGAAUAGCCUGUUAAUAAAGGCAUUCGUUUAUUCAAUACAUUAACAAAUAGAGUAUGCCGCACUUGAGUCGGUCCUCGAGUCGAAUAAUCAGUAUUCACAAAUUUGAAUACAGUCAACGACCGAUUUCCCGGGCGCUCGAUUUUUCGGACUGCCCGAUAAUUCAGACCCCUUCGCAGCAGCACCACCGUACCCCGUACAGUCAGUGUAUAAGAACGAAAAAAUCCUUCGCCAUCCAAUUUUUCGGACUUUUUGUCAUGACCGCAGCUCCAGAACGGCAUUAAUCAGAGCCACCACCGCAGCCAUUUCGAUUAUCUAUCUUGCUGCCUCGUACCGGCACCCUCGCAUGCAGAUCCGCUGGUAGCCGUUGAUACCACUGCGGCAACGCUAGGCCUGGCUACUUCGACGUUCGCUAUCAAGCUUGCUCUUCGGUGCCGUGUUUUUCAUUGAAACAAUUGGCCGCUGUUAGCAACGGCGCGGACUGCGCCUUUGUUAUCCUCGCCAAUGGCUUCGAAGCUUGGAAAGCACGGCACAUUGCGUAAUGUCGGUUCUCAAAAGUCGGCUUCGCCCUAAUACAGUAGUGUUACGCGGUGAAGCAUAUUAUGAGGGGAGAGGCAAUUCUCACGGGAUACGGCACGUAUUCCUUAAUUAUACACGCCUACACCCACCGUCUCCUAUCACAGUACGAGCACCGACACGCCAGCUAAUGCACUGGCAGGCCUUUAGAGCUAUUUCGAACGUGCUUGUGGCAAUUUGAUGUAUUGGGGGUAGUAAAAGGCCUGCAUUCAUUUUUUUUUACUGCCCCAUUUUUCGGACGCUUUCGCGGCCCUUAGAGAGCUCCAAAGAUUAGGCAUUGACUGUAUUCUUCUAGUAAUAUUGGAAUACUUCACAUCAAGUGUACAGGUUCAAACAUGAAACUAAAACAAAUUUCAUAACUCCCAUCCCAGCUACAUUGAACAUGUAACACGAUGAGUCGAACCUAAUAGAGUAUGCUGCAUCACUCUGGAAUGUAGACAUUUCCGACUAGUACACUGCCUUGUUCGGUGCUAUUCACAGGCAGCACACCUAUGUGGUCUGUCUGCAAUAAAUUGGAGUUGUGCGUGUGAACAGCAUUGGGGUUGAUGUGUGACGCAAGAGCGGCACUAACGGUCACAACUGUUCCAACCAACCACCCACUGCGAAGGCAUUGUGCUGCUGAGCAGGAGGUCACAGAUCCAAUUCCCUCCUACGGCAGCUGCAUUUCAAGGGGGCGAAAGGCAAGAACGCCAAUGUGCUUGUAUUUAGGGGCUCGCUAAAGAAACUCAAGUGGUCAGAAUCAAUCCAGAGCCCUUCACUAAAGCAUCUGUCAUAUUCCCAGUGUUGUUUCCAGACGUUAAACUCCAUGAAUCAGUCAAAUCAGCUAUUCUAACCAGAGAGAAAAGAAUAUCUCUGCUUGUCGUUUCGCUGUCGCUGCAGACACACAUUUCCUAUUUGGUCUCUGCGGUUUGCACUGGUGCCAACCACCUCGCGAGGCUGUCGUGUUAAACUUCAUCCAGAUAAUGCACGACCCCAUCUGCUUCGAGGAGCCUUCCUUAUGUUACCAAACCACUGAAGUAUUUGUUGUUACACAGCCUCAGUGAUUUCAGUGCUUCAUGUUGUGCGUUUUAAUGACAAAGCCUUGCUAACAUUCUACAUCCUAGGAUAUGAGCUUAGAUUUGUAUUCGACGUAAAAAAUAAUGCUUGUAUUGAGUGUUCGGUUUGCUUUUACUUUCCCCAGUAUGUGCAGUAUCUAAAACAUAGUGGCAUUGGCAUGUUUCUGGCUCCUGAAAUCACUUCUGGCACAUGCUGCCAGGAAAAGCACAGCCUUUGAGAUUGGGUUUUGCACCGAGAUAGUGCCAUCACAGGGGGGGCAUGGAUUUGGACACCACCUAUUCGACUAGCAUUUAAUUCACUUUCACAAAUUGCCAUUUGCACAGCUCUGCCACUAAUGCAUUGCAAGCGCUCUGACCAGUUAAUCUCGUUUGACAAGGCUGCUGCAAAAGGCAGCUAUUCACUUAGCAUCGGGGUUUCAUAGAGUGCUGUCUGCUUCAAACCAUUCGGAAUGCAUAGUACCUGAGUCACCUAAGAACCUCUACCCAGUGAUGUAUGCUUGCAUUUUGUAUUAAACAUAAUGCGAUCAUCCUCGAGUAAGCUUUUGCAGCCAAGCACAUGGGUGCUUCCUUUGAAAGUGCUACGUUACUCCUGGGAAGACGCAUUGAGCAUUGAUGGCAAUCUUAUCUCCUUUCAUCUUUUUUUAUCAGUAGCCAGUUUAAGAAAAGGACAUUAAUCAGUAGCAGGAUUAAUAUAUACGUGUGAUUUUCUAAACACUAUCAUUUCAAAGCUUCAUACCUUCAUCCUUCACUCGCAGAUGUCUUUAAUUAGUGUCCACUUGCUGGAAGCACUCAACAUUUUCGAAGACACCUGUGCAGUCAUGGAAAGAUCACUACAGCACUUGUGUGUUGUACAGCAUUACAGUGUGUUAUGGUAUGAUAUAAACUAGCAAAGAAAAUGGGCAGAAAGCCGCGCAAUACAAGCAGCUCCUUCUUGACUGACAGGAUAUUUUCUUUACCUCAAUGCACUCUUAGCUACAGAUGGCGUUGCAUAAUGAGUGGCAGUCCUUGGCAAGAAUACGAGACUAUGCUGCAAGACUUCAGCUGGAUUAGUUGUACAGUAAGCAGGCCACACGCAUAAGAAACAUGUCUCCAUUUAAUGAUGCCAGUGAUUCUCAUGGUUCAAUUUGUAUCUGUAUAUCUGACAACACAUUUUUGUAAUGGCUAGAGCUACAAAUUCCUUGCCCUUCAAAGUCAGUGUAACUGGAGUUGUUGCGAAAAAAAAGUAUCUUAUUCUUGCAUUCUUUGCUUUUGUUCCUACACUUUCUUUCGAUGCCUGCUGCUUUUCAGACGCACCUUUUACGUAAGACAUGCCCGAGGAGAUUGCCAGCAUGUUGAGCAUGUCUGUAAGUCAUGGUAUGAAUUCUACGUGCAUUGGACGAACCACUGAACAAACUGUCACAGUUAAGAAUAUCUUAAAAAGCGAGGUGAUGCAGACAAAAAUGGCAGAAUGAAAAUGAGAGACUUGGCAUUAUGUUAUGAGCUGUAAGAGGCUACUGCGUGUAGUGUGAAUGCAGGUCACAAAAGAACAUGUGAAAGAUACAGUUGCCCUAAAAUGCUUAAAUUGAGACUUGGGAACUGUUAAGUGAAAGGAACUGUUCAGUUCUUGUAACUCCGGGACCUCCUUCUGUACUAAUGAUGAAUGACGAAAUAAAGAAAACCAGGUCAGUCCUGCAAAAUGUAGGAUGAUUGACAACCAUGGCUGGUACAAGCCAAUGUGGUGUGAGGCAUCACUUGCCGAGUAUGGCAAUAAUGCUGAUGCCAGUUCCAGAGCAUCGGUUGUGCCAUUGAACUUGCAAUAAUUUUUGCCACAGAUGUGUGUAUGGCGAAGGCUACUUAACAUCGCUAGUACGCAGCUCAUCGGUUCAUGAGCAGUGACAGAACAAUGUCAUGCCCGAUUUCAUGCUCGGCAGAUCGUUCGUGAGCUUGAAGUUAAGCUCGAGAUUUCGCCUCCCGUAAAGAAUACACAAGCAACAUGCUUGCAAUGCUUAGGGAUUCUGUUAUUGUGCAAACCUUCCUAUAAAUACUUUGACCUUCCCGUGGCCAGACCAUUUGAUGUCUGCAUGAUGGUGCUAAUGGCACUGACAUAUUACUAGUAGAGGCAGAAACACUUGGAGCCCUUGGAACUGAUAGUAUGAGCUAGAUCCAGAAGGAAACAUCACGCAAGUGUUCACAUAUUUUUUUGUCAGGACUUCCCCAAAUCAGAAUUAUCAGAAUGCUGCUGUUUUGCAUGUUGCUUUGUAGUUCCUAGAUGCCAUUGUUUUGUUCACGUGCAAUUUGUGUACAUAUAAUAGGUGUCUUAUUCCAUUGUGUGCAUGCAGCUAAUGUGUGACAGGCAAGCACUUUUGCCCUUGCUUCAAAAGGUUCUUGCUUUAUGUGGCCCUUCUAGGUUAAUGCUGAUGUGCUGUCGGCAUGCUCAAAAUAUCAACAUAUGCAUACACAGCCUCGAUGCCAGUAUGUGUAGUUGUGUGCUUGCAAAGUUCCAAAAUUUAGCUUUGUCCUAUGCACUCGACACUGGCUGUACCGCUAGCGCACGGCAUCGGGAUUGAGAAUGCUUGUACCAAAUGUAACUAAAGUAACUUGCAAAUUGCAUUAUAAAUGUGCACUUUCUAGUGGUAUAAUUGUAUGCUUUUGCUGCAUACUUCGUUUGCAUCAAAGGUUCUUACAGGCAUGGUGUGAUGUAUAAUGAAAUACACAAUGACUACUUUUUGUUUUUCCUCUGUAUAGUGGCGUCUUAUUACAAAGGUGAUUUCCUUAUGAAGGAAUGUAUAUGUAUUGUAGAAACUUUUGCUGGCUUUGCGACAUUGUGUAAAGUGGUAUUUAUGCCAGUGCUCUUAUGAAAGUGAUUGCAACUGUACAUAUGAUUGCUGUAAAAUGCACUUUGCAUUGUUUAGGCCGUCUGCACUUGUGCCUAGAUUGGUUUUCGCUCUGCCUUUACUUGCACGUAGGGGAUGCCCGCAGGGUUGAAAGUCAGACAUAUCAGCCGGCCCAAAAGAUUUAUAGUGUAGUUUGUUUACCUCUGUGGCUUUCAUUAAAGGUUUUGUGCUGUACAGCUGUAAAUAAAAGUUCGCAGUCUUUGCUUUCACAAA